UUGAGCACGCGCACUUCCCAUAAGCUGUCAACCCCGGUCCGGUCGUUAACAAAUUUCCGCUUCCCCAACGCAGUCAGUUUAGUUCGUGCAUUUUUUCCUAAAUGUAAAACAAAUUAGGUGGACAAAAAUUAUCGUCGAGUCAAUCGUGUGAAUCGUAGAAUUGACGGGUGAAUGCACGCGCGGAAACAGUUUGUUAAGAUCGAUCGGAACACGGAAUGGCAUACUCGCGGUGACUGGGUAGAGUGGAGAGUGUCGAGGUGUUUCCGCGCACGAUUUCUCAAUUUACAUUCCGUAUCUCUGUGUGUCGAUCGAUUAUAAAAGUUUGAGAGGUGAGCAUGAGUAACAAUAACAAUUCCUGCGCAUAUUGCACGAUGGAGCCGCCGCCGGAUAUAUUACGGAUCCCGCCGCCGCCGUUCCCGUCGAUCUUACAAAGGAGCCACGAUUUCUAUCAACCAGCAACGGAGCUGUUCGACUUCCCGCCGCAUCUGAAUGACAGUCCCUGCAAACAUUUCUGCGACAGGCGGUUCGAAGGCGUGCAGUACAUCGAAAUGCCUCAGCAAGGAACCGUGUUCGAUGACACUUGGUUGCUGGUAUUGAUCUCAUCCUGUGUCGGCGUGAUUUUUGUCGGUAUCGUCCUAGCCACUCUGCUAUUAAAAUGCAAAUUCAACAGAAGCUGCAAGAACGGAACGAUCUCCGUCCCCUGUGCCGGAGCCGCUAUCCAAACGAAGAACGAAGCCGUCCGUUAUCCCUGCGCCGCGGAUUCUCUGCAGGACAGCCGAGUGAUGUGGGCGGCGUUGACGCCGCGCGGCACCACAAGACAUUACCUAGAGGAACAUACUUACGAAACGAUCGGCGCUAGCAACAAGAGAGCCCCGCCGACCGAACAUGUAAAACUCAAGACGUACGCGGACCCGCCUGUUGCCAGCAGCCCGAUACAGAAUCGUUUGCUGAAGGAAGACGACAAGGCGUUCGAUAACACGGCGUUCGUCGACUACGAGGAGCCCUCGUUGCUGAUAAGGAGCACCGAUUGCUAUCAAUUGAACGAUGUGCCGGACUUGAACGAUCCAGGGAUGCAACGGGUAACGCAAUCGAGGCCGCGCGUCAGCUCGCCGACGAGGAUCGAACAUCCGAACCUACCGCCGUUGAAUCUCCACCCCCACAAGAGGUCGUCGAGGAAGGGUUUAGGCACGCCUUCCCAUCCGUCUGACACGUUACUAAGAAACAGCAUCGCCUCCUCCACUUACAUACCGACUAUCUAAGAUAUGCGAAAUAGCCAGCCAUCGAUUAAUUACCAAUCAUCAUCCGUACUUAUAAAUAAUAACCAGUCAUUAAUCUCUACUUAAAGCGUGAAGAAUGGGCUAACCGGUAUUUAACGUUAGAACUACCGACUUUUUCUAUAUAUGCAUUUUUACUCAUUAAGAACCAAAAUCAUCCCGACAUUUGGUUUAAUAGUUCUACCGUUAAAACGAGUUUCCGUCUGUAUCGCUGGACGACUGUUAGAACGAAUUAGUUCGACGCACAUAGAAUCGUAUUUAAUGUGGAUGUUGAAUAUUUAUAUGAAACGAAUGAUAUUUACGUGUAUUGUAUUCUGCGCGACAUAAGCUUCGGUCGUCAGUAGUAGUCUACGAUUUAUCUAGUCUACAAUUUUCCUAGUCUACAGUUUAUCUAGUCUUACGACGUUCACUCUAACCACAGUUAUUAUUGUAUAAUUAAUUAAUUUUUUCGUUUUCGUUAAUCGUUUUUGUAUUAUAUUUCAGAGUUCGCCAGGAUUCAGGAGAGCGAUUGAUAUGGUUUGUAGAAGUUUCUGUUUAGUUUCUCAGGUUCAUAGGUGACAAGCAUCGUCAUGAGACGGCGUUUAAAUGUUUCUUAUUAACCAUGUAAUUAUUAUUUUAAUACGGAAACGACAUAUAAGUAAAUGAAAUAAAUGAA